ACUGCGAUUGACUUUCUUUGCCUUCAUUGACCUUUCCCGAGAUCUAUUGUCGAUUAUCCACAUGAGCCGAGAAAUGCGGGGACGUGGGUGACCGAGUCUUGCUGCGGUUGACCAUACGCAUCCCUGCCGUGCUCUUAAUAUCCCCUUAUUCCUUCCUCAUCACCAGCCUGCGGUUAUCGUUUUGCGAACGUGUCCUGCAUCAUCCUGGACGACUAGUGAUUCCGGUGAAGGCGUAUAUAGGGCCGUACAGUCAUCUUUCUUAUGUGAUUGGCCCGCGAUAUUCAAUAUCAUAUUCGAACUAUAUAUACUUUGCAUCCUGUUCUAUCUCUCCUCGGCGUAGCUCUCAAAGUCAACGUCUUCUGAAGCCUAAUCAACAUGGGGAUCCUCAUUCUUGCCGCAUUUGUUGCCCUUAUCUUUAUUGCUCUCUGGAAAGUCGUUCCCUUCGUUGUCCGCCCUUAUCUGUCUCCUCUUCGCCGUCUACCUGGACCACCGAGCCCCAGUUGGUUCUAUGGUCACUUUAGGGACAUUUUCAAGGCGGAAAACUCGGUUUUGCACGAGAAAUGGAUCGAGGAAUAUGGUAAUGUGAUCACAUAUGCUGGUUUCUUGAAUAUCAAUCGUCUAUAUACUCUCGACUCUCACGCUAUGAACCACAUCCUCACCCAUUCCACGGAUUUCCAAAAGCCUGAACAGACUCGUUCUACCCUUACCCGACUUCUGGGUGCUGGUGUUCUUGUAACUGAAGGCGAACAGCACAGGCAGCAGAGAAGAAUUAUGAACCCUGCUUUCGGUCCCUCCCAAAUUCGCGAGCUUACCUCUAUCUUUAAUGAAAAAGCGCUUCAACUCCGGGACAUCUGGGCGGCUCAGCUCCCUUCCACGGGUGAGGCGAAACGUAUCGACGUGCUCAGCUGGCUCAGCCGUGCCACUCUCGACAUUAUCGGCUUAGCAGGCUUUAGUUACGAGUUCAAUAAUCUCGAAGGUAGCAGAAACGAGUUGAACGAAGCUUUCAAGAUCAUCUUCAACACCGAUCAACAAAUCCGCCCAACGGCCAUCAUCCAAGCGCUCAUCCCCAUCUUGCGUUUUGUCAUUCGGGACGAGCGUAUGAAGAAUAUGGAUGAUGCCCAGGCUGUCAUGCGCCGAAUUGGUAUGCAACUUGUUGCUGAGCGCAAAGCAGCUGUCCUCGCUGGGACUUCUUCCGGCGAGAAAGGAGGCGUCGAGCGUAAAGAUUUAGAGGGUAGGGACUUGUUGACUUUGCUCAUCAAGGCGAAUAUGGCCACCGAUAUCCCCGAGAGUCAGAGGUUGAGUGACGAGGACGUCUUAGCUCAGGUCCCGACAUUCUUGAUUGCUGGUCACGAAACGACCUCAACUGCGGUGACAUGGUGUCUUUAUGCUUUAACUCAAGCACCGCGCGUCCAACAGAAACUUCGGGAAGAGCUCCUUAGCGUACCAACAGAAACGCCUACCAUGGAUGAACUCAUGGCUUUACCUUACCUAGACAUGGUCGUCAGAGAGACGUUGCGAAUCCACGCUCCUGUACCCUCGACGGUCAGGACGGCUGUGAAGGAGGACGUCAUACCUGUUGGGGAGCCGUAUACGGAUCGGUAUGGGAACAUUCAGAAUGAGGUCCAUAUCCAGAAGGACGACGUGAUCAUGAUACCUAUCCUUGCGAUUAAUCGGUCGAAGAAGAUCUGGGGAGAGGACUCAUUCGAGUUUAGACCCGAACGUUGGGAAAGCCCACCCGAAGGGGCUGCAGAAAUCCCAGGUGUAUGGGGCCAUCUCUUGACCUUCCUCGGCGGCCCUCGAGCAUGCAUCGGUUACCGCUUCUCUCUCGUGGAGAUGAAAGCCAUCCUUUUCGCUCUCGUACGCGCGUUCGAGUUCGAGCUCGCCGUCAAGCCAGAGGACCUCAUCAAGAAGAGCGGGAUCGUUCAAAGGCCUGUGAUCAUCAGCGAGAAAGAGAAGGGAAACCAGAUGCCUUUGUUGGUGAAGGCUUAUCGGCAUGCUUCAUGAUACGGAUUACAAAUUCUCUGGUCUACGAAUUAUCCCUGACCAUUGACCGGACCACAGACUACACCACAGACUACCUACAGGCAGAAACGCUUUUGUCAUAGGAUCACAUCUUAUGUUGGAAUUUGUAUCAGCUAAUCUGGAUGCAUUAUUGGAUUAUCUAUGCACUUCAGAGUGUUUGUUUCCAGGU